AUGGCCGAGGACACCGCUACCGUCGAUUACACACUCGCGAACCCCGAUACCUUGACCAAGUACAAGACGGCCGCUACAAUCGCCGAGAAGGUCCUCAAAGAAGUCUCAGGAUGGAUCAAAGCGGACGCCAACAUCAUCGAGCUAUGCGAUCGCGGCGACAAGCUGCUAGAGGAAGAGACGGCUAAGGUGUACAAGGGCAAGAAGAUCUCUAAGGGCAUUGGGCACUGCACCACCAUCUCCCCGAGCUCCUACAUCACCCCGUACACGCCUCUGAAGUCUGACGUCGAAGAAGCCGCAACUACCCUGAAGGAGGGUGAGGUCGUCAAGAUCCAGCUCGGUGCUCAGAUCGAUGGCUUCCCCGCCAUUGUUUGUGACUCUGUCCUGGUCGGUGGUUCUGACGAGGUCAGCGGCCGUGAAGCAGACCUCUUCCUGGCCACCCACUACGCGAACGAACUGCUCUUGAGGCUUAUGGUCCCUCCCAGCGUUGCCCCCACUACUGGUACUGAGGAAGAGCAGAAAAAGGCGGCUGCACGGAAGCCCUACACUCAGUCCCAGAUCACCCAACUGCUCGAGAAGGUCACCUCUGCUUACGAUACCAACCUCGUCGAAAGCACCACUAUCUGGCUGUUCGAGCACAACGAGAUCGAAGCUAAGAAAAAGAUCAUCUUGGCACCUGGCGAAGGCGUCAAAGGGGAAGGUCUUCCGGAAGUGGGUGAGGUAUGGGGUGUAGAAAUGGGUGUCAGCUUGGGCUCUGGCAAGGUCAAGACCGUUGAUAACAAGCGUACAACUCUUCACCGCCGUACCGAUCAGCGAUAUGCCCUGAAGCGUCCGACCUCUAGAGCGCUGUUGUCCGAGGUCACGAAGAAGUUCGGCACGUUCCCUUUCAGCUUGAGGCAGCUUGAAGAUGAGAAGGCUGCCAAGGUCGGAGUCAUCGAGUGCGUGCGUGGUGGUGUACUUCGCCAGUACGAGGUUGUUGCCGACAAGAACAACGAGCCCGUUGCUAGACUGUUCUCCACUAUCGCUGUCACCAAGAACGGCAUCACACGUCUUGCCCAGCCGCCCGCAGUUGACGUGUCUAAGUACAAGACCGACAAGAAGAUCACCGACGAGGAAAUCCUCAAGAUCCUCGAGCAGCCCAUCGGCAAGACUUCAUCCAACAAGAACCGAAAGAAGAAGAAGAAGCCCGCCAAGAAGGCCGCCGCUGCUGAUGGUGCUGAGGAGGAGGAGAGCGACGAAGAGUAA